GAUGACUAAACGACGCAGGGAUGAUCAGUCGGAACUACAUGUACCGAUCGGCCGUUUCUGAUUCAACGGAGUAAUUUUUUUUGCCUUUCGCGAUCCUCUUUUUUUUGAUUUUGAGAGACAGACCAACAGUGGUUUUUCCAAUCGACAUAUCUUGACAUACCUACACGCUCCCGCACAGAUAGACGGAUUGGGGCGCGCGGCGCGCUCCCAUUAUACCCAAUUGGUUAAGGGUAUUUCAUUUUCACCCUCAGAAAAUAGGAUUUCUACGUCAUUAGUUUCAACCGUGCAAACCUAAUCUUUCAUUCGACGAAACCUUGGGGACUCCUACUCGGACCAACCAUGGAUUUGUUUGGUGUGUGUUUCUGUGUGUCUCCGCCGAGGAUUUAUUGUUGUUGGAGGCUGCUCUUUCUUCUCAGCGUUUUUCAGAACUAUCUGAGCUCGAUGCUCGACUGUCCACCGACGUGCACCUGUUCGUCCAGCGAGAUAUACUGUAACAAAUCCAACGAGGAGAAAUUUUUCCCACUAUUGUCCUCUCCGAGCACGGGAACCAAUGGGAAUAACACGGGGCUCAAUGAUGACCUUUGCCAAAACAUCUCCUCCAUACACAUUGAGAACUGGAAGGGCCUGCAGAUGCUGAGAGACAUGGACAUUGAGCUCUACACUGGACUGGAAAGACUCACCAUUACAAAGAGCGGCUUGAACUUCAUCCAGGCUCGGGCUUUCUCAAAGAACCCCCAUCUGCGCUUUAUAAACCUUUCCAAGAACCCCUUGACCACCUUGUCCUGGCCGCUCUUUCAGCACCUGCAGCUUAUUGAACUCCAAUUGGAGGAUGUGGUGUUUGAGUGCGGCUGCAAGAUUCGUUGGCUGCAGCUAUGGCAACAGAGAGGAGAGGCGGGGCUAAGCUCCCAACUUCUGUACUGCGACGAGGGCUACAGGAAGAUACCGCUCCUGGAUAUGAACAUCAGUAGCUGUGACGUACCAGACAUCAGCGUGAGUCACAGCAAUCUAACGUUGGUGGAGGGGGCGCAGGUGACGGUGAGCUGCAACGGCACCGGCUCCCCGCUACCGGAGGUGGACUGGAACCCGGCCGGGAUGCGCUCCAUUAACGUGCACAAGGCCUACGUCUACGACAACAUCAUCCAUUCCAUCCAACUGACACUGUCCAAUGUCAGCCGGGAGGACAACAACUUCAUGCUGACCUGCAUCGCCAGCAACAUGGUGGGGAUGACCAACGCCUCUGUGCAGCUCAUCGUGCACUACCCCCCCCUCAUCAUGAAGCUGAAGGAGCCGUACAAACGCCACGACACCUGCAUAGAGUUCACCGUGGCUGGCUCCCCCCAUCCAACCCUGCGUUGGUACUAUAGGGACCAGGAAAUCCUCCACGACGAGUUUGUGCGCACCGAGUUCGACAUCUACAAGGACGACGUGGAGGGCUGCCUGAUGUUCAAGAACCCCACGCACUUCAACAACGGCAACUACACGCUGGUGGCCAGCAACAUCCUGGGCGUGGCCACCAAGACCGUAUAUGGGCACUUCCUCAAAAAGCCCUACUUCCCCGAUGAUAUUGAUUAUGACACACCGGCCCCAACCAUAACAGUGACACACAGACCGGAGGAGGAUACCUUUGGGGUCUCCAUCGCCGUGGGUCUGGCGGGGUUCGCCUGCGUGAUGCUCAUCGUCCUUUUUGUGCUCAUCAACAAAUAUGGCCGACGCUCCAAGUUUGGCAUGAAAGGUCCCGUGGCGGUGAUAAGUGGCGAGGAGGACUCGGCCAGCCCCCUGCACCACGUCAACCAUGGCAUCAUCAGCCCCUGCACGCUGGACGCCAGCGCCGACGCCGUGGUCAUCGGCAUGACCCGCAUCCCCGUCAUAGAGAACCCCCAGUACUUCAGGCACGGGCACAGCUGCAACAAGCCCGCCACCUAUGUGCAGCACAUUAAGCGGCGUGACAUCAUCCUGAAGAGGGAGCUUGGCGAGGGGGCCUUCGGCAAGGUCUUUCUGGCAGAGUGUUAUAACCUGAGCCCCACUAAGGACAAAAUGCUGGUGGCCGUCAAGACCCUGAAGGACCCCACCCUGGCGGCCAGGAAGGACUUCCAGCGGGAGGCCGAGCUGCUCACCAACCUGCAGCACGAGCACAUCGUCAAGUUCUACGGCGUGUGUGUGGACGGGGACCCCCUCAUCAUGGUGUUCGAGUACAUGAAACACGGCGACCUGAACAAGUUCCUCAGAGCCCAUGGGCCGGAUGCCCUUAUCCUGGUUGAUGGACAGCCCCUGCAGACCAAUGGGGAGCUGGGCCUGUCCCAGAUGCUGCACAUUGCCAGCCAGAUUGCCGCUGGGAUGAUCUACCUGGCCUCCCAGCACUUUGUGCACCGCGACCUAGCAACCAGGAACUGUCUGGUGGGCAACGGACUUCUGGUGAAGAUCGGAGACUUUGGGAUGUCCAGGGAUAUCUACAGCACAGACUAUUAUCGGGUGGGAGGACACACCAUGUUGCCCAUUCGCUGGAUGCCCCCGGAGAGCAUCAUGUACAGGAAGUUCACCACUGAGAGCGACGUGUGGAGCUUCGGAGUCAUUCUGUGGGAGAUCUUCACCUACGGCAAACAGCCCUGGUUCCAGCUGGCCAACAACGAGGUGAUCGAGUGCAUCACCCAGGGAAGGGUUCUGGAGCGCCCCAGGGUUUGUCCCAAGGAGAUCUACGACAUGAUGCUGGGCUGCUGGCAGAGGGAGCCCCAACAGCGGCUAAACAUUAAGGAUAUCCAGAAGAUGCUCUUCACCAUGAUGAAGGCGGCGCCUGUCUAUCUGGAUAUACUAGGGUAAACAUAUGGGAAGGCAGAGGGGAAAAGGGGGCAGCUCUCAGAUCGGACUACACUGGAUUGGAACGAGUAACGGAGGAUAUUGGAUGGGAGUGGAGUGGGAGUCUACCAGAGUCGCAUCUCCUGCUGUACAAGUAGAAGCUGACUUUUGACCGAGCACGAGGUCAAAUCUUAGACGAGGCUGACUUGACAGCGGUACAACUCUUUAAAGGAAUUGAAUUGAAUUUGCCACCAUACUGGAAUAAAUGACAUUGGAUUAUAUAGUUUUGUGGUUCCUCGUGAGUUCCAAUGCCCUCCGUCUCACUCUUUGGUCCCACGUCUUCGCACACAUGACAUGAUUGGAGUCAAACUGAAGCGGAUUCCUUCCCACUGUCAGCAUCCAAACUGUCAGCAACCCUGUGCAGGCCCUUAGCAUUUAAUACCUUAGUUUUGUUCAUUUAGAGCAACAGUAGCAGCAGAGUAGUCUAUAUCUAUAUAUAUAGAUAUAUCUAUAUCUAUAUAUCUAUAUAGAUAUAUAGAUAUAGAUAUAUAUAUUCAGUCUUCAAACCUGCCUAGUCUAUUCUGGGAAAGACCUCAGACUAUGUUAUAGCCCCCAUUAUUUUCUGCAACAGCAGCUUAAACGCUCCACAAUUAAACAACAACAAAGUCCUAAGCGGAGACAGACGCUGUCUAGAAAGUAGUCUCUCCAUCACUGAAUCCAGGGCCUGCACACUUCAGGAACACAACCCACCUCAUCCCCUGAAAGUUUAAUGGAGGCUACUAGUUGAAUGCAAGAUUUAAACAUGGCCACCAAUGAUAAAAACAACUUUUAUUUCCUACCUUGUCUGGCCUCCCUAAAAGCUAUCCCGUUCUAAGAUUCAAUUUAUCAAGCGUAAUCACAAAAUAUGGCCUUAUGAAAAAGUGAAGGUGGCAAUGUACUAGCCUAGCACAUUACCAGCAAUGUAACACGACCCAGGAAGUUAGGGAAUGGGUAUAUUUUUCAAAUCAUCGUGAGAAUUGGUUGGCCAUUAGAUCCAACCUGGUCUCAAUUCUAUUUCCCAAAAGGCCAACGGUCAACUUUUCAUAAUAUUUCUUCAGAAUUGGAAGGCAUAAUGCGGGCUAUUGGGUUAAAUCUUUUUUUAUUGUGGCUUAUUUAAACCGCUGCAUUCUGGAGCUCAGUUAGAAACCAUCAAUGCAUGGCUAAUAUAACAUGUUCCCAUGGCCUGCACUCGGACCAGGCAACAUCCAUUGCACAAACUUCAAGGAAGCAGAAGAAGAAACAAAGUGAACUUUUGACUCAAAGCCGUCAUCUCACCAAUCACUGUGUUUCAUCAAAAUUAGCCCCGUGUCCAAGUGCACUCUUUACUGUCCUCUAGAGCCGAACUCCUACCAAAACCUUGGUUCUUAAGAGCAGGUCGUAAUGUUAGCCUUUCUGAGUUGCCCAUAUCAACAGGUACUUUUCCCGGAACCCUCCAAUCGUGAGAUUAGAAGCGUGGUCUGACUGACUGUCGCCAUUUUGAGAUGGACCCAAGUGCCUCCUACUUCUUUCUAAACGUGGAAAACAAAAGACAUAAAAAAAAACAUUCUUUCAAAUAAAAGCACUUUUGCAUUUUGUUUACCUGCUAAGACAUGUACAUUAGCUGUAAAUCUCUGUUUACAGCUCUCUGUCUGUCAUGACCUACAUUCAACAACCUACUUUCAGCACUCUGUCAACCAAAAAAUAUAAAAGUGAAAAAUAAUAAAAACAUGAAUAAAAAAAAAAAAUGAUGCAUAAAAAAGAUAAAAACAAAUGUCCCAGAAAAAAAGAAAAGAAAAACUGAUUUCUUUCGUAACCCUUGCAAGAGCUUGGCAAGAAGAUCAAUCUACCCAAGGAAAACUACUUCACUUUCUUUUUAUAAAUAUAUAUUCUAUAUAUUUUUAAUUUAUUUUUUAUUUUCAAUCAAAGUGUGGACCUCUGCCAUGAUCCAAAGCCAUGGAACAUUCUGCCACUGGGCAGAAAAGAACCAGACGAGAUACAAUACUGGUCACCAUUGGAAAUUACACAACAGUUUGAAGGACGCCACCCUCCAUUAUAUGUAUCCGAUGGGCAGAACAUCCAUAAGGCAACAGAAACUCUGAACUCUAUCGAGACAAAAGAGGCAUCAGUCGAAGAUCAAAAAAACACUUGCUACUCUGAAAUGAAUGUAUAUAAUGUAAAUUUAUGUGUCUUAAAAUAUGUUAAAUUAUUUAAUUUCUCCGGUUUAGAUUAUUUUAGGAUUCUUGUUGUGUUGUUAUAUGGUUAAGUAAAAAAGAAACAAAAAACAAUAGAUAUUUUAUUAUUGUUUUCCUUUUAACUUGUAAUUAUUGUAUUAUUUAGAAACUAUGGUUAUACUGUGUCUGUUACCAUUUUAACAAAAAUAAUCAACAUUCAAAUCAGCUAUAUUUACAUUUAUUUUUCAUUCAGAUAAUGACGUGAUGACAAUGGAUAAGUCAGGUGAACGGAGGAAACUGCUAAGUGACAGAGCUUCUCAGUUUCUAUCAAAACUGCUCAGAGUAAAGAUAGUGUUCCAGGAUCAUACAUUGUUCCAUCUUUUUUAACUUUCACUAAUUUCAUGUGCCUGCACUCGUUUCCCAUUUGUUUCUUAUACAAACACACAGUGACAUUGUCAAAUGACAAUGUACCAGCCGUUGCUGUACUACCAAGGCAUUUAUAGAAAAAAAUCCUAGUCCUUUCUGCUUCAGUUGGCCACCUGUCUCGAGAUGCUGGUUUCAUGCUAAUGUUGCAGAAUCAAAGUCAAAGUCAAAUCAAAGUGUCAGAAUGGGAGGGAUAACCCUGGAUAUGAUCCUGAUGUGUUGCCUGGUGCAAGACGUGAUUAUUUAUAUUGUUGUGAACGAAACCCAACAUGUACACAGUCACCCUUAGUCCUCCUCUACUGCAGCGGUACAAUGCUAUCAACACUUCAGAUUGAUGGUAUCAUUGUGGUUCUUCAUUUAUGGUGUCCUGGGUUUGAAUCCUGCCAGUUAGGGACAUUAUUUGUAACGUUCGGGAGCCUGCCACCAGAAAAGGCAAUGCUUUAUAUUUGAUUUACAUCCAACCAUGUUUACCACUUCAAAGCUAUAGCUCUUUAAACCAAAAGCCUUAGAACAAUUAGCAAAAUAUUGACUCAUUUGCUCCUUGCUUGAAUUGUUUUACAACAGCUCAACAAAAAUGGCAUUCUGCUCUUACCUUAACAAAAUCCAAUACAUGGAUGCGUAAACUUCUAAAGCAAAAACACCGGCCACAGCCACGUUUACAGGUGGCAUGUGUUUUGUGUUCAGAUAAUACAGCCACACCCUCAAUUCAGCGUGGCCCCAGUACACCAGAUUAAACCCGAUUCUGCUGGCCUAUAGGGUUUGAUUUGCAAUGAGUAAAUGUAAUUAUUUGGUGCUGUGCAAUACACAACACGGAAACCCAGGACACGUGUCAUUGCUAGAUCGCAGGGAUCCUUUUUUUAGUUCAAUUGUAUGCGAAACUUCAUCUUAUUUUUUACAUCAGAGGAAACAGCGACAAAUUGAAAGCUAGAAUGUAAUUUGAUUCUUGAAAUAAUGUUGCCAGACAGGAAACUUAAAUGAUAACGGGGCUUUUUCAUGCUCCGGAUUCCCCUCUUCUUUUUUCCUCAAGGAUGUUCCUGGCUCAUCAGGGUUCAUGUCACCCACAGCCUCUGCCUUGACCACAUUUCUAUUGUAAAUUCAAUAGUUUCCAUGCUAUGCGUUGUAUUCACAUGACUCAAUUCCAACUGAUGUACGAGGACAUUCUAAGGUCCACAGACUCCUCCUUGCGUGUGUGCUAUAUGAUUAGAAGUUCUAAAUUUGCAUCCUUCUGUUUUCCACUGUAAACAAAAAUUGGAUAGAUAUAGUAUAUCCAAUAGAUUUAUACCGACAGUAUAAGUCAUUAACUAGGUUAUACUUGUGACUAUUGCUCAUGUCUUUCUUUGUUGUCUCUUGACAGUUCUAACACGUAUGGUUUUUGGUCAACUUACUGUGCAACAAUCAGAAUAGUGAACUGUUUGGGGUUUGGAUAAAGUCAUGCUCACGGCAUACGCCGUGUAUAUUGUUAGCGAGCGAAGGGAAGACCCAAAUGCAACAUUUCAUGAACAUUAUUCAAAUGUAAACAUUGCUUAAUGAAACGCUUUUUACUCUUCCUGUUCUCCCACACAAAGUUGGUCAAACCUUAUCUGUUGGGAGUGAAUGUUCCUUAAAAACUUGUGGCUCAGCAAAUUGCAUUCCUGGUCUUGCUGUAUAAGCGGUGUUCUUUCCCUAGCUUAUGAAACGUUAUUUAGCGACUGCAGUUGUGGAGCCUUAUCGUUACCCAUGAUUGUGUUUUAUUACAUCAAAUGGUGUUCCUGAGUAAAUUGGGAAAUGUAAAUGCUAACUUCAAACACAAAUAGUUUCUGCAAAGGGAAACUUCAGUACACAUGCAAUGGCAGCAAAUGCUGCCAUUCUGUCUGAUGCAUCUUUUUUCCAAUAGCCAUUAUUCAUUUUUCUUUUAUUUUCUUUUGCCAUGCAAUCUGCCUACAGGAAUUUCUCUUCAAACCGUGUAUAUAAUGAUUGUCAUAUGACUCAAAUCGGUUAUGACUUUUACUACUGGCUCAAAAGGUGUUUAUUAAGUCAAUGGACUCGCUUGUCAGUGAUACAGCUAGAGAAAAUCCUAUGGUGGUUACCAUUAAAAAAAAAUCACUGUUAUUUCUCAUGUAUUCAUAUAUCUCAUAUAUCAGUGUUAAGCAAGUAUGCAAGGAUUUGGAAUGUGAUAUUGUACUCUGGGAGUGAGAUCGUGCAUCGUAUGUGCUUUUCUUUCCCCCCCCCUCCGUAUACACAAACACACACACACACACACACACGCAAACACAAACACACACACACAC